AUGCCUAAGAAUGCCACGUCCAAGGUACACAGUCCAGCAGGAUAUCUGCCUGCCCAAAGCUUCCAUCUUACUAUCUCCACGUUCCUGACGACGAGAAUUUUGGGUGCAAGACGGGCGAUCGUCCUUCUUCUCCGCGAUUUCAUCCCGCUAGCUAAAUGCCUACUCGUUUUCGUCCGGGAUGAGAACGCCGCUGGGUUCUUGUGCUGCGACUGUAGUAGGCUGAACGGCUACGACGACGAACUGCUGCUGACCCAAGCGAGCCUCUUCAUCAACACCCAGGACUCCAAGAUCGGCCCGACGCUCACGCCGGCCCAGUGGCUCUGGUUCCGGAAGUUCGCCUACGUGACCUACUUCCACAAAGGGCCCAGCGUGCUCGGCUGCCACAAGCUGCUGCCACAAGCUGCUGCCCCGGUCCUUCCAGCGUCACACAACCGGCGAGCGCGCGAUGGGGGUGGCCAAGACGAAGCAGGCGAGCCCGACGGCGAGGACCAGGUUCAUUGUUGA